AUGGCCGGAUUCGAGUUCCGAGCGAGGAGGAACGAGCCCGUGCUGAUGCCUUGGGGCUGCGCCGCAGAGGUUAGUAAUGGAGUCGCUACGGUGGCCUUCUGUGCGCGUGGUGGUCGCGGCGAAGCGGCGGUGUUGGUGCGCUCCGGGUGGCAGGAGAGGUUGGCGGCACCUGCGGAUCUCGGCGAGAAAGAAGGCGAAUACGUAGAUAAUGGAUCUGUUUCAAAGAAGUAUGACGUGUUCAGUCUUGGAGUUAUAAUUAUUAAAGUAAUGGAUGGAAAUAUGGGUCGCACCCGCUCUGCUGAAAUGGACGCCGAGCAGUUCACUGAGCAUGUAUGUGAAAAGUGGAAGAAAAGGCUGCAAGAAAUGCCUGAUGAGCAUCCAUCGCCGGAAAUAGAAAUCCUACGAGUGAAGAAAUGUAUUGACAUCGCCUUAAGAUGUGUGAUAGCUGACAGGAAAACGAGGCCGUCUAUAAAGGAUGUUGUCGAUGAACUGGAACAAUUAGAAACGGAAAUUAUGAAAAUGUCACUACCAUCUGAUGAGACAAAAGAUCUAAUUGCCCAGAGAAGCUCUGACUUCAACUUUCUUGCCAUAGAUCCGGCCCUGGAGCUGCGCUUCCUAUUCGAGCCAAGGAAGGCCAUAUCAUGUUGCCUGCAGCUAACCAACAUUACUGAUGGAUUCAUUGCAUUUAAUAUAAAGAUCAACAGAACCAAGUACAGGGCACAGCCGAGCAAAGGAAUGAUGCGGCCGUGCUCCAAGCGUUAUAUGGCUGUCACAUUACUAGCACAGGAGGAGGCACUUGUGCAGUGCAAUGACAUGUUUAUUGUACUGGGUGCAAAUGUUAACAAGGACCUGAAAUCCGACGAGAUCACUGAAGACUUGUUCAAAGAAGCCAUGAAGGGGAAGGUGGUUGAUGUGGUGAAAUUGCGGAUUGUUUAUGUUGUCAUGGACCAGUUUUCAUGUUAA